AUGGAUCGGGAGUACAGGAGUGGCCAGAUGGAUGCAGAUAUGAAGGAGAAUGGCUCUCAGUUCACAGGAAAGUUUUACCUGAACCGCAAAGAGGGGUAUGGGGCCCAAGUCUCUCCUGAUGGCACAACAUUUCAGGGUCUGUACCGUGCAGAUCAACGUUUUGGACCAGGGGUGCUCACAUACCCCGAUGGGCGCCAAGACGUAGGUCUGUGGCAUCGGGGUCGACUGCUUAGACUGUGCACGGUUUUGGAGGAUUGCUUCACUCUUAGAGACUUCCCUGAGCAUAUGGCCAAGCUCUCAAAAAAGGAUCCAUUUAACGCACGGCAGCUGCAGUCACAGAUGACUCAACCCGGUGGAUCUAGUUCCAUGGAUCCCCGUCAUUUUACACAGCAGGAGCUCCUUCGGGAUGAGUGCUUCGUUCUGCCAUCAGGCACUGAGUUUUACUCCACUGACUCAGAUCAUCUGCCCAUACCACAGCAGUUACGUAGGGAGUUAGACCUGCGAUUCUUUGGUGAGCAUUAUACUCACCUGGAAGCCCUUUCAGAGGAUUGGGACGAUUUACCCCUCCAGCAGAGAAUGCAGGCGCACAUCCACAGACAUAGAUUUGAAGCAGAACAGCAGAGGUGGAAUGUCACUGCAGUCUUGGCUAUGAAUAGAGAGGGUUUGGGGCCCAAGGGACCCCUUGAGCUAAAAUCUGAGAGACUCAUUAAGGAAGCUUCACUCGGCAACCUUAAGAAUGUCAAUCAUAUCCUCCAAGACAAAAGAAUCCACCCAGACGUUAGUGAUGCCCAUGGGCACACUGCGCUCAUUGCAGCCACGGUGAACUGCCACAACGACAUCAUUAACAUGCUGCUGGACAGUGGAGUUGAUGUGAACAAGCUGAACAGUGAAGGGAUGUCUCCGCUGGCUGUGUGCAGUGUCCUCUACUACCCAGUCCAAUCAUUACAAGAGACCAUUGCUGAGAGAGCUCCUGUGAAGGUUUCCAAAGCUUUUUCAACAUCUGUGGGCAGUCCUCCAGAAAGGUCUUCAGAGAAUUUGACAGACAGACCAAAAGAUGAGUUUGAUAAAAAACUACUGGACCUCGCUUGCCAAUCAGACCAAAAUGAAGAAAACAUUCCACAAAACGAUGUGACCAGCUAUGAGAAUAGUGAUACCAUUGACCAAAUAAACGAGAAUGACGGGUUAAGCAUAGACAAUCCAUUUCAGUCUUUCCAAGAUAACAAUGCCGAAUCAGUGGACUCAAAGGUUGAAGAGGACGAAGAACUAAAAGAAGAGAGACCCAUUCAGUUCCUGGAUAGGGAUACCCCAGUGGAUCUGGUACCCGAGCAUAACAAAGGCAUUGAAAUUGGUACAGAGGACCAGAAAAGUGUUGUGGAUGUGGCUGAUGGGCAAAGCCAGGUGGACGAUCCCACCUUCGACUCAGCUGCCUCCCUUGCCAGCUUCCACAUCCAGGUCACGGAAGAAAUCAUGCGGGAAACGGCCGAAGUACUUUAUGGAAACGGCACCGUGCCACCUCCAGACACCCAGGAAACCCUUCAUAGGAUGGCUCUGAAAAAGAUAGAGCACCAGGGCCGAUGGAACACUAUGAAGCUCUUGCUAAGGCGGGGAGCUGAUCCUAAUGCCUCUAGCAUACCCAUGCCUGUCCUCUUCUUGGCCAUCAAGGCGGGACACAUUGAAGCUGUUCACUUGCUGCUGGGGUGUGGAGCUCGAACAGACAUUUCUUUACCCCCAGAGCAAAAGGGACUAUAUCCCCUCCACAUAGCCGCUGCUCUCCCGGGGGAUGUUGGCCCAAAGAUCACGGAGAUGCUACUGCAUGCUUUGGCUGACCCAGAUGUCAAAGCGCUUGAUGCUGAUGAGAUUUUUGAGCUUGAUGAGGCUGUGGAUGAGCUUCUUGCUGGUGGAGCAGACCCAAACCUUCCUCUGACCCGCCAAGUUAACAGUGCCCUCUGUGCUGUCGCCAACAUUAAAUACGACUGUGGAACUAACCCACGUAACAGGAUCAAGCUGCUUGAGAAGCUGGUCAAGGCUGGUGCCAAUGUUCUGAUGCCAGUCAUGGUUGGUGAGGGACGAAAGUCCUCUGUAGGCACAGCAGUAGAUUACGCUUUCCACUCCUUUCAACAGGACUGGCAUAUUGCUCACACGCCGUACCACGCUCUGAACCAACGAGAACGGGAGGUCUACAAUGCCCGGCGGCAGCUGCUGGGUCUCAUGGGUGACCUGGUCCGUCAGGAAGCCGUCAAGAUGGAGAGGCAGCGCAUGGAGCAGCUCAGCCCACGCAGAGCAGAGGCCAGAUCUCCCAGUGUCAAAGGUAGAUUAAAUCUUACUGAGGAAGAAGAUGAUUCAGAGGGGGUCCUUCAAGAGGGAGAGAGCCGCUGCCACGAGGUGUUCUACUGCAGCAAAUCCUGCAAGACGAAGGCAUGGAACGACCGUCACAAGGAUGAAUGUAUCCGCUUGCCAGGUCGAAAAAACAAUACAGCUUCUAAACAGAACCCGCCCGAUCAUUUCUGGUGA